UGUAAGAUCCACGGUCUGUUUCUGUUUUUUCCUAAUAAUCCAUGACGAGCCUCUUCUGACCAAACCCCGUCAUCGACACACACAAACAAACAACACUGGACAAGUGACAAUGGAGAGCAAACGGGCCUCGGUGUCCUCACUGGCGGGUCUGGAGGCCUGGUUCCCCGCGCCCGGUAGCGCGGAGGAUGAGCCGGAGCUGCGGCGGCUUCGGGAGCGGCUGCGCGGGUGGCUGUCGCAGUGUGAACCCGCGGUGAUCUGCGCGCAGCGGCUGCUGGUGUGGGAGAGGCCGCUGCACAGCAUCAUCGCCGCGCUCGCGCUCAACACGCUGUUCUGGCUCCUGUCGUCCACACCUCUGAGACCCUUGUUCCUCCUGAGUGUGUUUCUCAUUGGACUGACUUUACUGGAGAGAUGGAAAGGCAAGCUGCCGCAGAUCACCGUGUGGCAUCCAGAGGCGUCUGUCGUUGAGCGAGAAAUGCUAAGUGAGCAGCCACAUUUAUUAAGCGUCGAGGAGCUCAGCUACAGAUCUUCUUUAUGGUCAUUCUGCAUCAUGAUGUGUUCUGGAUGUGUCAUGCUGGCCGUGGUUGGACAUUACGUUCCUGGGAUUAUGAUCUCCUACAUCAUAUUGCUGAGUGUGCUGCUGUGGCCGCUGGUGGUUUACCAUGAGCUGAUCCAGAAAAUGUACACCGGACUGGAGCCCAUACUGAUGAAACUCGACUACAGCAUGAAAGGAGACACACAAUUGUGCUCAGGAGAUGUGUGUGUUUGUGCAGAGCUGAAGAAGGAGCAGGAAGAGGGUGAUGAGCCGAGGGCAGAGACGGAGAGCGAGAGCGAGGAGGAGCUGUCAUGUUUCACCCCUACUGUGGAUGUGAAGACUACGGCUCUGGCGAUGGCCAUCACAGACUCUGAGCUGUCCGAUGAGGAGGCGUCCAUACUGGAGAGUGGAGGAUUCUCUGUAUCCAGAGCCACCACACCACAGCUCACAGACGUCUCUGAAGACCUGGAUCAGCAGAGCGUGCACAGUGAACCGGAGGAGGCGUUCUCUAAAGAUCUAGCGGAGUUCCCGUCGGUGGAUGAGCUGCCUUCUAUUGAACCGGGUCUGUUCCAUUUCCCGUUGGGUGUUCUCGGGUCUGAGCAGACGGGAGCAUCCAGCUCCGAGUCCCAGGAAGAACCGCUGUCUCCGGCCAGCCUCCUCAUCCAGCACUUAGCAUCUCCACUCCACUUUGUAAACACGCACUUCAAUGGACACGGACAAGCGGCGGGGGCAGACCAAAGCAUUGUGGGUACUGAGAAAGAGGGAAGGGGAUUGGCCGAGGACGUUUCGAGACCCGCUCGGUCCCUGGAAGCCCUUAGUGUGGAGAUAGUGAGCACAGCCAUCUCUACUGUAGUACAGAACACUCUCUCAGCCCUGUUGCGAUCUACGGAGGCCAGCGAAGGCGAAGGAGACCUUGCUUCGUUUCUUCCCACCGAAACGCCUCCUUGUCCGAUUGAAUCGCCCCUCGAGUCACCAUCAACCCAAGAAGCCAGCGUAGAGGAAGAGGACGGUGACGUCACCGAAGCAAGCACCGAAGAGCAACCGGAUCUCACGCUCGUACCCGCGGAGGAAGAGGACUUUGAGCUUCUGGACCAAAGUGAACUGGAACAAAUGGAUGAGGGGUUGGGCCUUGGUGUUGAUGGACAGGAAGUGGGUGUGGCUUCCACAGACACACCCCCAAGCAGUCAGCAGCAUGCAGACCAGCAGGAUUCCUAGCUUCCCAUCAUCUAAACUGUUUAUUUUAUUUAUAGUCCAUGUAGAUACAUAUACUGACAAAAGAUUUGUGAAAGGUCAUCUAUGCCUUUAUUUUGUUGUUUUCGGGAGUGAGAUCACUGUGAUUGUUGGUGGGCUUUUGUUUCCUGAGCAGGUGAAUGUCCAAAAUGUAAAAUGUUUGACACAAAUUCUAAAAGAUUUUUUUUAACAGAUCCAAAUAGCCUCCAGCCUCAAAUCCAGCCACUCAGAUUUCAAAAGCGAUUUAAAAUAGAUUUAGUUUGAAUCAUUUACUGUAUGUUUUGACAAAGACCACAUGUCUGCGACUGAUGACAAGAGCCCUCUGGUUUAUCAAUCCCACGCUGACUAUUGUCUUAAGGCAGGGUUCCUCAAAUCUUGUUCUGGAGGUCCAAUGCGCUGCAGAGUUUAGCUCCA